GCGGCGGGCGGUCGAACCCUCGACCAGCCGGCUGAGAUGACUUGAACAGCGGAUGUUAGUGCACUUUCCUCCCGCUCCAGACGUUUUGUUUUUAAUGAGAGUAUAAUAAGCAAGAAGACUCAAAAUGCUCUCCAGGGAAACGCUAUUUUCCACCAGCUCGGAGUUAGUGAAGUUGUGUUCGUGAAGGCAUCAUGGCAAACGUUAAAGUUGCCAUUCGGGUCCGUCCUCUCAACGCAAGGGAGAGUGCGGAUGGAGGACGGCUUGCAGUUCAGGUGGAGGACAAGCUUGUUAGGAUCAGAAAUGUAAAGCUGGACGGACGUACAGAAGGUGCCGUGGAUUCGAGGGAGAAACUUCUGGAGUUUUGUUUCGACUACUGCUACUGGUCGGUGGAUUCUGCAGAGCCCCACUAUGCAUCACAGGAGGAGGUGUUCCAGGAUCUGGGUGUGUCGGUGCUGUCCGGAGCCUCCGAGGGCUACAAUGUGUGUCUGUUUGCUUACGGCCAAACUGGAUCUGGAAAGACGUACACCAUGAUGGGGACACCGGACUCCAUUGGCUUGACCCCUCGGAUCUGUCAGGGUCUCUUUAGGUCUGAAGACACUUUUCCUGAUGGGCAAAACUCAAGCAGAGUGGAGAUCAGCUUCCUGGAGAUCUAUAACGAGCGUGUACGAGACCUGCUGAGAGGAGGAGAGCAGAAGAAGAGAGCCUCCCUGAGAGUUCGAGAACAUCCUGAGAAAGGACCAUAUGUACAAGACCUGUCCCAGCACGUGGUCUCAGACUGCAAGCAGGCCAUGGACCUUUUGGAGGAAGGCAUCGCCAACAGAAUCACAGCAGCGACCCACAACCACGACGCCAGCAGCAGAUCCCACGCAAUCUUUACCAUCCAGUACACACAGGCAAUCCUUGAAAAUAACCUUCCUUCAGAAACUGUCAGCAAGAUUAACCUGGUUGACUUGGCUGGGAGUGAGCGAGCAGACCCCCACUACUGCAGGGACAGACUGACAGAGGGCUCCAACAUCAACAAGUCGCUGGUCACCUUGGGCAUCGUCAUAUCUGCUCUUGCCCAGAACUCCCAGAUGUCCAGCAGCUGUCAGAGUAUCAACAGCAUGGCCUCUGAGGGCGACGGCAGCACGGCGGGAAGUCACAGCAGCUCGCUGUCUGGAGGAGGAGGAGGAGGUGGUGGGAGGAGGCACUGCUUCAUCCCCUACAGAGACUCAGUCCUAACCUGGCUGCUGAAAGACAGCCUGGGCGGCAACUCCAAGACCAUCAUGAUUGCAACGGUCUCGCCCUCCGCUAAUAGUUACAACGAGACCCUCAGUACCCUGCGCUACGCCGCCCAUGCCAGAAAUAUUGUCAACAAGCCUCGGGUUAAUGAGGAUGCCAACGUUCGGCUGAUCAGGGAACUGAGAGAGGAGAUUGACAGGCUGAAGAGCAUGCUGCUCAGCUUUGAAAUGCAGCGUAAUCCCAGUCCAUCUCUGAGCGAUGAGAGGGAUGGAAGUCUUUCUGACAUCGUGCUACAGAACGAACUAAAGGUGGAGCAGCUGACGAAGGACUGGUCGGAGAGCUGGAGAGACAAAAAGGAGCUGUUAGAGCAGUACAGCGUGGACAUAAACCGAGACCAGGCCGGAUUCCUCAUCGACUCCCUCCAGCCACACCUGGUUACUCUGGAUGGAGAUGUUCUCAGCACCGGGGUCGUCUUCUAUCACCUCAGGCAAGGAGUUACCCGCAUUGGACCUCAGGAACAAUUUGAAGAACCACAAAUAGUUCUGCAGGGCAGUGCCAGCUGUGAGAUUGAAAACCACGGAGGUGUGGUAACACUAAGGCCGCUGCCGGGCUGCAUCUGCCUGCUCAACGACAGGGAGGUCACCGAGCCCUGCAGACUGGCUCAAGGGACAGUGAUCACCUUGGGAGGAGUGCAUAAGUUCCGCUUCAACCACCCAGCAGAGGCAGCAGUCCUCCGGGAACGCAGACGGGCCAGUGAAGGUGGCAUGACCUGCAGCUACAUUGACCUUUGCCCCUUGAGUCCUGACCGCAGUGUCGAAGAAGUGAAGCUCCAAGGUCAGCUGGGUGCCUCUCUCUCCCCCAGUGAGGAGCUGACUGCCAGGCAGCGUGUGGAGGAGCAGCAGCACUACGUGGAGAGUUUGCGACAGGAGAUUCAUGCUGAACAAAGGAGGGCUGAGAGGGAGCUGGAGAGGGAGCAGGCCCACCUGCGACAGCAGCACAGUGAGAUCCAGCAGUGGAUUUUGCAGGAGAAACAGCGCCUUGCUGCAGAGCAGAGAAUCACCCAAGAGUCCGGAGUUCAAACUGACCUCAUCCCUGCACCCCUCUUUGAGCGAGUGACAAGUCAGACAUCUGACAAUCAGGAAGGUCAGAUAGUGGAUCGUCCAUCCCAGGUGGUAAGGGCCAGGAAGAAGGCGGUGCAGGAGGAGCUACUAAAGCAUCACGCCCUUUGCCGUGCCGAGAGCCGCAUCCGCAGGAAAAAGUUGCACUACCAGCUGGAAAGAAUCGCCCGCAAGCGGCAUCUGUUGGAAGCUAAGAGGGAGCUGCAGCGACUAGAGAAGACCCUGCCUCCAGCAGUAGACAGCCCCGAGUCUCCUGAGCUGGGGUCCCCCACAAAGCCCAGGGGAAGAUCAUUUGUGUCUCGUAGACACUCGUUCUCAGCAGAUCUUCUGUCGCGGCUCUACCCACAGAACACCCCUAUCUUCAGACACUUCCUCAAGAGAAACAGGUCCACCGAACUGACGUCAAAUUCCUCCACAACCUCCAAUUCCAUUGACAGCAGGAAGUGGGUUUCGGAUGAGUGUCUUCCUCGGCAAAGAACCCAGAGCUGUUCUGGUACGUUCUUCUCAGGACAAAGUCAAGCCUGCCGAAGCAGAGUAAGCUCCUCUGAAAACAUCAGACAAACCACCAAAGAGGAGCCUCAAGCUCAGCCCUGCAGAGAACGACCAGAAAGAAAACCUCUGCUGCCAAACCGAGACCUGACCUUUAAGAACAGAUCUGAUCAUAGCUCCACGGUUUCUCUGAAGUCGCCUCUUGGAACAAGUUUGCAGCCUGUUAGCAAAGAAAAUAUACAAGGACCCACUACAUGCAAACCCAGUUCGAAGAUUGUCCCUUGCAUAAAUGCGAUAACUCAACCCCAUAACAACAGACUAGACACCAUCAAGAAGACUUUCUCUCAUUCUGUGGGGCCCAGGUUAAAAACAGCUCUCUCCAAAGUUUUCAGGAAGCCGCCAGCGGGUGGAAAUGGAGGAAGAGGCUCCAAAAAUCUGGGGAGGAUAGCGAGCAAAUUUAACUGGAGACAAAGAAGAGACAGGAGCCUUAAAGAUACCAACAUGAGCCGAAACAAAUGUGCUGUUAAAUCAGCCGUCUCAUGUGAGGAGCUCGACCAAAGGACUCUGUUUGAAGACGUUAGACAAAGGCGGUGGCACAGCACCGAGGCUCUGAUGAACAAGACCUGCAGGUGGGUCGAAAGACAGCAGGGGUUAACGGGAUGGGAGGAAGAGCAAGAAGACAGAGAAGAAGGACUGUCAGAUUGUGAGAGUCUGUUCUCUCUCGAUUCGCUGUCCUCUGCUUAUGUGACGGCCCUCGCCGAGCAGCUGAGACACGAGGAAGCAGCUCAGAGUGACGCAGAGAGCGAAGACAGUCAGAUGUCUAAAGAUUCGUUGGCUUUGGAGAGCAGUGGGAAAUACACAACAGCGAAGAACCUUAGCCAAACAAUUGUUCCAACAUACUCAUUGGUGACAGAUUGCUCCCAUGCACCCAUGCGGCACAACAGAACAGCAGAGGUAAGUUUAGACAAAUGGCAGAAACCUCAGGUAAUCCCAGCAGAGGCGUACUGGAACCAGCAAGGUUCCCCAAAAUUAAGACAUACUGCUGCAACAAGGAAGCCUCUUUCCCACAACUCAUUAGCAGCAGAUUUCAGAGGCAGAGACACUGUGCACAAAUUGAUUGAGGACUUUGGGAGCAUGCAGAUGACUUCGACCAGCAGCCCGCGCUCCCUGAGCAGCUGCAGUGUGAGAGAGCCAGAAAACACGCUGGCGCUCACCGAUGCCUGGUCCUCCACUGAUGCAGCAGAUAGUCCCAGGAUUCACAGAGAUUCUCUGCCUUUCCAAAAGAAAAUGAUGGUUAGCGAUGUAGAGAGCGGCAGCAGCAGCAGUCCCAGUCCAACUAGUAUGAACCUCACAGACUGUCAGAGCAGAUCUAGAAGCAAUAGCUCAACAUCGACAAGCACUGAGGGUGUAAAUGUAACCGUGCAGGAACACAGUGUUGAAGUUUUAUCAGAAACAUUAGAUUUUCAAGACUCUCGGAUUCUGACACCACCAGACGAAGCCUUAAAUGACAUAGGAUGUUGUGUAGAGCAAUCAGAGCGACAAGGACACAAUUUGGGGAAGGCAGUUAGAGAUACUGCAGAUUAUAACAUCAUUAAAAGUCCAGAGUCCUCACUGACCAUAGAUCAAACUACUUGUGUGUCACCUACUGAGAUCCACCACUCUAAACAACAAGCAUCACAAAUACAGUUGCUUCAGGUGUCCACAGAUGUACCUCACAUUGUUGCCGAUGACACUAUGAUGUCCUCUGACACUGAAAUGUGUGCAUCAGGCUGUCAAUCAGUAACGCCCUUCUCUACAAGUCCUACUAACCAAGGUGCAGUAUUGAGCAAGGUGUCUGAAACUGUAUGUGCCUUCAAACAGUCCGUUGAAGAUAAAACACUAUGCAGUCUAGAUGGCGCAGAAAAGUUGAAAAAUAUACAGCAACAUGAGCUUGGGAACACCAAAUACUCGUCUUUUACAAGGGACACAGUUUUGGAUAAAGUUGAAACCAAAGGCACUGAGCAGUGUGUCGCACUACAGCAGGAGCCCCUUAAAUCAGCUUGUAAAAAUUCCAGGAAGAGGAACAAAGACCAACAGGAUGCUUUCAUCGGCAGCCUGAAAAUUCCAAAAAGGAGCAACAGCAGCGAGUUGGUAACUCUCUGCUCUGCACCAGUUGGCAGCGAGGAAGAUAUCUGGCUUGAUGACAGUAAUGACGCCAGCGACUCAAAAGGGGAGCAAUCUGCUGUGGAAGCUGAGAGCCCCAGAUUUGAUUCUGUUUGUGUUGGUGGCAACAUUAGACAAGAAACAGUGGCUUCAGACACGUCGGCAGUUUCUGAUCCAAUGAGCGGGAAACUUGGAAAGAGUUGUCAGACCUUUGAGGACUCUGAAUGCAGUGACAGUAGUGGUACCUCUGUGGGAGAGAGGGAAGUAGUUAAAAAGAAAAAUCUAACAAUAAAGGAAGUAACUGACACAAAACAGGGCGAAUCACAAAUUGAUAACCCCAGAAAACAGCAAGAAAGUAGAAAACACAUGAGCAAGUCUGAUGCUAUUUGUAGCGCCAUUGACCUGAGAAUCUCAGAGGUGGUGAAGGAGCACAUGAGAUUAUCUUUGACUGACAGCGAUAAAGACAGAAAGAGUCAAAGCAUAAGUGCCUUGUCAUCAUCUGCAUUUCAUUUUGGCUGUAAUAGUAAUGAAAAUGGAUGGACAGAUAGUGAACAAAGAGAUAAAAAGAGUGAUCAGAAGACAGAGGGAGCAAUCCUCGAAGAAUCCCUUUCACUUGAAAGCAUGACAAGUGAAACUGCAGUGGACAACAGUGGCCUGUUAUCAGAUCUGCCCGCUGAUUUUAGGACGAGCCAUGAUUCUGCUCACGUAACACAGAAGAUUGACCAUGCUCUCAACUUUUCUGAUCAUUGUUUUUUCCAGAGCUCUUCUGCCAAAAACAACUUCCAAUCAAAUGCGACACUCAACAGCCACAGAAAGUCUGAGCACUCUGGCAACCCUACUUUGCAACCACUCAGUUUGUCCUCAAUGAGUGAUUCCUCCAUUGAUUCUCAAAGAAAAGAUGUAGAGAAAGAGGCUUUGAGUCAAGAAAUAGAUAUCAUCAAUGAUGCAUGCUUGAAGGAAGUGGACGACCAGGGCUGUUUGGAUGCUCCCGCUGUGAAUCCUGAACGUCACCAAAUAAUGCGCCCUGAAACUCUUUCCACUGUGGGUGAUGCAAAAGAAAACUGUGACUGUAAUCGCAUAAAGGAUGUCAGUAUGGAAGCUACAUCCAGUGUUGAAGAUAAAGGCUGUUACAAACAGAUCUUGCAAACGACGAUUCAACAGCAUUUCCAAAAUAGUCCUGACACAUCUGGAGCAGAUGGAGGAAGUCUUCAAUUCAAACCCCACGGAUGUCACAGCGACCAAAAUGCACACACUGAUAAGAGCGCCCCUGUGAAUAUGUUUUCUGUUUCUCCUGGUUGUGAUGGAAAUUUUGCAAAAGUCAAAACAACAGGAUAUUCAGCACAGGAUGAGAUCACCUGUCUGCAAAUGCAUUUACAUAACCUGGCUCAGACUUGUGUGGUCAGUAUGAAUUACCACAACAAAUACCCAAAUGUUUCAGAUUCACUGUGCAAAUUUGUUAAUUCUACUCACAUUAACAGCAAACAAGAUUGCAUGAUUAAAAAUGACAAAGAGACUCCAAAAAUCUUUGCAAGUAUUUCUGGUUCUAAACAGCUACAACACAAAAUACCACAAGGAAACACAGUCAGAAAUAGAAGUUGUAAUGUAUCUGUGAUUUCUAAACAUGUUGAGAUAAAUACACUUGAGAAACAAGAUGCUCUUAUGUCCAAAACAGCCAAGUCUAAGAGGAUCAGAAGGUCGAAGAUCCAGACUUACCCCCCCUCUUCUUCUGAGUCCUCUAUCAAGUCUUCAGAUGAGGAUGAGGAGGAUGACACCAGAGUGCAUCACAGCCGGCUCACAUCGAAAUUGGUAAAGCUUGGCACUCAGAGUAAUGGCAAACAAGACAACAGACGGAUGGCAGAUAUUCCUAUUACAAGCAAAGCUAAAAUGAAAACUUGUUCUGCUGGAGCUCAGGUUAAAAGUGAAGUUAAAGUUAGUAGAGAUUACACGCAAAAAAGACACUCUUUACCCCCUCAAGCAACGUCACAAAGGACAACUGUAGAAAAAAUCUCUAUGUAUGCAAAGAAAAGAGAACCACAGCAGGACUCCCCCAUGCAUUUUGCCUCCAGUGACAUUAACCCUUUUGUUCACCAGUGGCAAGACGAUGACCCAAACCAACACUCUUAUAAUAAGAACACAGCAUUUGGAAGUGCUGCUGACCUGUCCUGUAAAUCUCCACUUUUGAACAGCUCUGAGAAACGUAUAACCAGAUGCUGCAGCGUGGACGAUGGUUUGAAUGGGCAGAACUCACCGUUCUAUUCCCAUCUGAGCACUUACGCUACCAACAAGGGGCUGUCCAGUACACUUAGCAGUGUGGAGGAUUAUAAGGAACAAGGGAACAAAGGAUCUCAGCUGAUGCCGUCUCAGCAGACAUCUGUUGAUAUUCACAAUCUGACUGUGACUUGCAGUUCUUCAAGUAAUGAUGCUCCUGGUGGUUUUGGUAACAGCUCCAGUCAGGUGGAUGAAAUUAUGUUUGUGUACUCGUCCGAGCAAGAGUCCCAGGCGAGCGAAACGCGCACCCAAAGGAGGAGGACGUGUGAGCAUGGCACUCAAACUGAGCGUGGCCUUCAGGCAGUAAAUAUCGGUACAUGCAGUGAUGCUCCAAAGAGAAGAGAACGGCACAAAAGGAGCAACACCGAUGGACCUGCGACACAGAAAACCAAAACAGACGUCAAAGAAUCUCCAACAUGGGCCAGCAUGGAAACCAUGUCAGCUCACCUCUCGAAGCUGAUUGACAGCACCUCAGACCUGCUUGGGGAUGUCCAGGGCAUGAGAACAGGUGAAGCCCUCAAGUCCAGUCCGAGGCGAAGCGUCAACAUGUCAAAUAUCAGUGUAUCUUACAGUGACAGCACACAGAGAGACUGCUCAACUCAAACAUCCGUAGAUGUUGGCAUCCAGACAGAAAGUUCCUCAACACCGAGAGAGAAGGACAUUCAUCAAAGUGAAAGAUCCAAACCUCAUGAAGUCAGUGUGAUAGUCAAAGUGAUUGGCUCAGAGGUUGUCAGUGUGUCUCAAGACAGGAAAGUGCAAAAGAUGCAGAGCAUGCCGGACCUGAGCUUAAACACAUCUGCUGCAGCGCAAAAAUCUUCAUUACAAUCAGAAAAAAUAAAAACACAGUCUGCAGUCGACUGUCAAAGACGUGUAAGAUCUGCUUCCUCUAGAGUCUCAAAAAGAACCAUGCCAGAGGCACUCUGCCACAAAACUGUUGCAAUAUCUGAUGUCUCCCGCAGAUCGUUAAAAAACCAAGAAAAUCCCUCUUUAAGAAUUGAGCCAUCACUUCCUUUAAAGACAAAAGCGACAUACACAGACCGUGCAUCAUCUCCCAUACUGACUGUGGGAACAAGAUUACACAUGACUCAGAAAGGGAACAAGUCGACAACAUGUCCUCCAAAACAUCUGUCUAGAACUAAAGAUCGUGAUUCUGAGAAAGACGGCCUUACUUCUAGCAAACAAUCAGCAACUGUUUCAGAGGGUGAUCAAACAUCCAGACAGACUUGUGAUGUUUCCUCUUGUGCAUCAGAAUCUGUAUCACUUGAAAGGGUGAGUGAAAUGAGCUGCUCAAGCCCUAAAAGCUCUGAUAAGUGCUCUAUGAAUUCAUCACUGGAUAGAUAUACAGACACUGACAGGGGAAGUGUUACCUCUAAAGACUCCAAAUGGCAGAUGACCUCUCAGCAGUGGAUGACUUCUACGUCAACAAAAGUUUUUCCUUUGCAGAGCCACAUCUCUCCCAGAUUUAUACAGACUGAUGUGCACAAACAACAAGCUAAAGCAAGACAUGGAAAUGCUUCAAACUACACAAGACCUGCAGUUGAUUCUGUAGAGUUUUGCGUUGAUUCCUACAAUCCAUCCCCAGACAGCGUCAGGACUGUACAACUUCAGGAGGACGACAUGGUGUCUCUGCCGCCCAGUGAGUGCAACACAGACAUCCUUGUGAACAUUGAACCCAUCACCAUCGUGUCCCCAUGUCAAGACCAUCAGGUAGCUCCAGAGGACCUGCCUAUGCACAACAAGUUCACCAACUGGUCGGGAGUCAAUGUUCAACAAUCGAAACGCUCCCACAAACCGGCCACGGAAGACCACGACAGCAGCAGAAACUUUGCUGAGUGGAGCGAGAUGGAGAGCUACAGUGAGUCCGUGGUGCAGAGUGACCGAAGGGCAAGAGAGAUAGAGAGGCUGCGGCAGGAGAGGGAGCAGGUGAUGGCGACGGUCAGCCUCAACAUGAACCCAACACCGCUGACUGUGGAGCUGACGGAGGCCAAGCUACACUACGGCCUCGGAGAGACGGAUACACUGUUAAAGAUGAUGUCCCCGAGGCUGAGAGGAGAGCUGGAGACACAAAACUCUGCAACUACCAAGCAGCAGCUGUAUGACAGUCACCGCAGGAGUAUUGAGGGUUUGAGGCAUGAGAGGGAGGAACGUCUCCAGACUUAUCGGAGAGCUCGAAGUUUGAGUCCCAGCAAACAUCCUCGCUCCUCUUCACAAGAAGCUGUUUCCUGCUCCAAGGUGUCUGCUGCUCCGCCCAGUCGGCGUAAAGAGUACCUCCAACAGCUCCGCCAAGAGGUGAUAGACAGCACCAGAAUUCCAGACCCUCCACGAGGAGAGGGCCAGUGUCCGUCUGAUAUUGAGCAGCUGUUGCGUGACUACAGUCGAGCUCGGGAGGAGGCCAGGACGGAGAUUGCGAAGGCGCGAGAGCGACUGCGAGAAAGGACUGAGCAGGAGAAGAGGAGGCUUCAGCAGCAGGCCAUGUCUCAGGAAGUCAAGGAUGACCUGAGACAUCGGACAAGAAUCAGCAACAGCACCCUGUGCACAGGAUCCAGCCUGAGCCUUUCCUCUGGACCAACGUCGGGGUACAACAGCGGCAACGCAGCGCAGCUACAGCACAGCAACAGACCACUGCUGCCUGGACAGACGACAGGGUUCCAGGAUGACGGUCUGAAGGUCAGGACUCGUCCUCCGAUAUGUGGUCCUCAAAGUGUGAAGACACAGAGAGCCUGGCUGUCUGCUCACGCUGUAACAUCCAUGUGUUUGCUAGAUGUCCGUCUUGAUCCUCCAGUCACUGGGUUUGAGCCCCUCAUGGCUUCAUCUCCAUCACCCCCGACUUGUACACGUCAACGCACUGCUUCCUUUGGGUCCUCCUCUUCCAUAUCCACAACCUAUCAGGACAUCACAUCGAGUCUCCUCAGUCGAGCUCUGGCUGAGGUGCGACUAGCUUCCUCUGGGGAUUUGGGCAACCUGCUGAAGGGCAAAGCUGCAGCAGGCUGGAGGUACCAGGGAGAAGAACGGAGUAUCCAGGCGUACUACAAGGCCUCCUCCAGCCCGUCUGUGCACGGUUUCCUCGGGGCUGCGGAGCUGGACAGACCCCUGGACAGUCUGUGGAAGAUAAUCUGCCAGCUGUCCAAGAGCCACGUGUAUAAUCAGUCCGUCCGUUCUGCCUGGACACGACCACUAGAUGACAGCACUCAGCUGGUUUACAUACUAACAGAUCCGUCCACCUGCCACCUCAGCCAGCCACGGGACUUCUGCUGCAUCAGCACAGAGUCCAAACAGGGUGGCUUGUGCGUGUUGGCAAUGCAGUCUGUGUUCGAGGAGUCUCUGCCUCGCCCCAGUGUGGAUGCCGUCCGAGGGGAGAUGAUGCCCAGUUGCUGGGUCCUGCAGCCAAUUAGACGCAGUGGAAAGGAAGCCACCAGGGUCAUCUACCUGCUACAGGUGGAUCUGGGAACCCCGUGCUUCCCUCACCGACUGUUGAACACUGUUGCCAGAAGACAGGCAGCUGUCAUCGCUGAUCUUGACGUUUUCCUUGCUAAAUCUGCAGGACACAUGAAGACGCGUUAGCAGUGAGCACUUAGACUAAACUGUCUCCAGCAGAGAGUCAGUCUGUCUUUUCAAUUUGCACCUGAACUUUAUUUACUUGACUUUAUUUUCUAAAAGCACUGUUCUCUUGAUUCCCACUUACUAAGUUGAAGCAGCUUUUUUUAUAUGAAGGUAUUUUUUUUUAUAAAAUAUUGAAAGUGUAUUUUUUUAUUUGUAAUGUACAUGAAGGCUUGUAACAAUCAUAAUCCUAUUUUACCAAAGACUGAUUAGACAUUUAUGGGACUGACACAUUUAGUUUAUGUGUUUAGGUUUCAACAGCUUGAUAAUUGAUUAUCAAGGCUACAAAGCUACAAUGUUUCUUCACCUAAUCAUUUUUUUUUUGUGAUGAAACACAUAAAUAUCAGCCAUUUAGCUCCCGCUAUGCCUGUUAUCAAUAUGGUGUCUAUUGAUUUCUGCCAUAUUGUAACAUGGACAAUCAAAUAUACUAAUGUCAGCAAGGUCAACGUCAUAGCUAGAGAACAUUAACAUUGAAAUUUAGAGUUAAAUAAUCAAAGGUCACACUGGUUUGAUUCAUAUUUGAUAGGCAAGUGUGUUUUCACUUGAUUUUACUUUCUAUCUAUUCAUGAUAGAUAGAUGCAGCCAGUUUUAUUGUUACAGCGACAUGUAAAUAGAUCAUAUAAAGACAUAAAGGCAGCAUCACUUUGUUCUGGGUUAAGCAGUUUUUGCAAAUACUUAAAUGCUUUUUUUGAAGCCAGGUAUGACAAUAAAAUGAAAGCUGGAACAGUGAGACGUGUUUACAAGGGAAAGUAUUUGAAGGUCAGCUGAGUUUAUUUCUUGAGAAUAUCAACUGAUGUGACACUGAAGUGUCCUGCUGCGGCAAACCUCAUCCAAACACACUGUGUGAAAGAAAUAUUUGCAAAAACUGUUUAACCCUGAUUUGUUACAGCACAUAUAUUUACUUUUUUUCCUCAGGCACUGCUUAUUUUAACCACUCAAAAACCUUAAGGCUACGUUUUGCAUUACAGGACUUAAUGCUAAAUUUCCCCUGAUCCAUUUUUUAUGCUCUAAACUGAUUUUAUUCAUGUUUUAAGUGACACAUAUCUGACAUAAAUAUUAACUGAUCGCUGCCCCGAAAUGCCUCAUAUGUGACCAAUAACGUCACACACAUGUGCCUUGAAACAACAACAGAAAAGCAAAACAGGUAUUUGGGGGGAAAACAAAUGACAGCAGUGCAAGCUUCAUCUCCCAAAUGAUCGUCAGAGUAGGACGGUCCGAUAAUUUCACUCUGCAUGAUAGUUAGUCGUGUGCUUCUGUUUUGAAGACAGUAGCAUAUUAUGGUGGAGCAAUGGGUGUUUGUUUAGGGAAAAGGGCUGCACAAUAUAUUGAAAUGGUUUUGAAAUGGCAGUAUGGCCAAGUUCAAUAUCCAAAUUGCAGGAGCUACAGUUUUUUGAUAAAAUGUGUCAUUAGAAAUGAAGCAUGAUCCUGACCUACAAGUUAUAAUCCAAAUGUAAGCAAACAUACUUGGUUGUCUGAGCCUAACCCCAGCAUUUUCAGUAAAAUUGAAAUGCAAUAAUUUGCAAUAAUUACCUAAAACUGACUCAUAUUGCGACAUUUCAAAAAAUCUCUGCGAUGCAUUGUUUAAAGUUUUUUAAAUUUUUUUAAAUUUUAUUUAUUUAUCUUUAAUGCACGUUAUGCAGCCCUAGUGGUCCUCUGGCUCUGUUAGCAGCUAUUACUGUUAGUGCCCUGGAGAGGUGAGAAGUCAGGACUGGUGGGGCUGAAAUGUGGAGGGUUUAGUGAAAAAUGAUUCUUCCAAACUUUCCGAUGUCCGGCUCUAUAUUCCAAUAUCUCUGUUUUUGCUUAUAACAACGCUGUCACGGCAUGUAGCCAAGCUGUCCCUGUCAAAAAAUUGCCUUGCUGUUGAGCUCUAUUUGCCAGCGACUGGGGCAGUGUACCGCAGCAGCAGUGCGGAUAUGGCAGCCUUCUGUAAUCUCAACAGACCACUCCGACACUGUGUGAUGAGUUAUCUGCACCUGUGCAGUGAAUUGUAACCCGGGAAAAAACAUGGAUGUAUGGGAAAAACACAUGAAUUCUGAUAUGCCUGUUUUCACAGCGGUCACAUGCCCUGUGGGGAAAAAGAAAAAGGUCCAAACUCCUCCAAAUAUGAUGAAAAAUGGCAGUGUAUAUAAACUUAAAAAAACUUGAACACUAUACAGGUGCACGGUUGUGGCGAGGAUCCAAAAACAAACAAAUCACCGCAGUCACAGAUAUAUUUCCUUUUAAAUGUGGCCAAAAAACAGAAACAUUUCAGCUACAAAUCAUUGAUGAUGGUUUUGCAGAUGAAUCUAGUCGGUUUUGUUCAUUUUUGCCCACAUUAAAAAGGCUAAUUUAUAUUUGAGUGCCGGCGUUCUGUUUAUUUUUGCACACAACCCCAAAAUAAAUUCAGAUUUGGGCAUUAUUUGCUUGUAAUGUGAACGUAGCCAUUUUAACCACCUAAAAACCUUAAUUCUGCAGAAAAUGAACCUCAUAUGUCCUUCAAAAGUUUUGCAGCAAAAAGGGGACAUAUAUAAGGGACUGUACGGAAAUUAUUAGGGGGCACAAAAAUGUCUUUUAUUUUUUCACAUCAAAAUGGCAUCUCUGCCUUUCUUUGCAAAAUAGUUGACUGUUUCAUAUAUAUUUACCAAAAAAAAGACAAUUUCAAAGGUUUAAAGAAAACAUUGAGGACCUUAAGGUAGGUUUUGUUUUUUUUUUUUUUGACAAAGUGAAAUAGAGUUCUCCUCUCUUUUCACUUCCCCAAUAACUUUCCUACAGCCCCUCAGCUAUGUAUUGAACAAUAAAUUAUUCUUCAGCCGUUAUUUGUAAUAUAUGUAUUUAUCUGUGUAGGGACUGCACAUCUGAAACCACUCUGCAGCAUCUCGCUGCAGGAAAAAAACAGUUUUGUAGCAAAACAGGGAGGUAGUGGGUUUUUGUAUAACAAGUCAAAGGGCAAAUAUGCAGAUUCGACCAAAGCUCUCUGGUUCAAUCCCCUGUGUCAGCAAGCAUCUGGGCUGCUGUAGUGCCCUUAAGCAAGAUACUGAAGAGCAGCUCCUGGUAGGACGCUCUUGAUUUCGUAUAGAAGCUGCAUUAAGAUACAGACACAGUAUGGUACCCUGAAUCUGCAUAAGCUGAGUUUUAAGGCCUUUUGUUUCUCAUCUGUUUCUAAAAUCUAUUUAUUUUGUUCCUCUUGCCUUAUGUUUGAAAUGCUGUUGAAUGUGUUUUUUUAUUUGGGUUAUUUUUUCAGAGCAGAGCACGGUGCUGUGUUUGCAGCCGCUUGCACAAAAAACUUUUUAAUGCAUGUAUUAAUGCUACAUAUUAAAAAGUGAUUUUGUUUUUGUUUGUACAGUGUUGAAGCUAUGCAGACGCCGAUCAAAGGCAGGACUGUUCUCAGUCAGAGCCUGGUCAGCCGUGAUAUGAAGCCAUAUUAUUUACACUAGUUGAAGGUUCAGGACUGUUUUGGCAGCAGCGCUCGGUUUGAGAUGUUCCCCGGGGAACCAAAGAGAAAGAGACACAAAUACUGAAGACACAGAGUGAAGGAACACAUAACUUUUUUGUACUGAUGUUUUUUAAAUUUGUGUUUCUAUAUAUUUUUAAGUUCUCGUUUCAUUAUGUAAAAAGUUAUUUAUGUUUUGAUGAUGUGUUGUAAAUGUAUUUUAUUAUAAACACCCUGCUUCCUGUUCUAAUAAGAUGUUAUGUGGCCUGUCUUUGGCCAUUUUUAUAUGAAUACAACACAUAUUUUAAGUGAA